AUGAGAAAUCUUAUAGGCUUAAUCGUUCUUAUUGAGCUAGCUGCUUGCAUCUCAAUAGGGUCUAAGGAUGGAAAUCUUGAUCCUGGAAGAAUCUUAUGGCCAAAAGAUACUUGGGUGAGCUCUCCUAUCGAACUAGCAAGGACAAAUUCAGGUCUAACAACUACUAUUACUUUUAACUUCAGACCAACCUCAACAUUGGCGAGUGGCUUUGUCCAAAUUAUCCUUCCAUCUGGACUUUCUGGCUCUUUAAGUACUACUAAGACACUUACAGCAAAUCAAGACACUUAUAUAUCGUUUCCUAUUACUUUACCUUCUGGAGCCGCUGUUUACGGGCCAUUUGGGAUUAUUUCUCGAACUAGUUCCACAGGUCAAAUCAUUGACGCAAACUACAUUUUUGGCUGCAUUUCUACCACAGCUUCUGUGGCCAGUUCGUCAACUGUUACAGUCUCAACUGUUUCAGGAACUGCAAAUCCGGUUAUUUCAACUCAAGACAGCCUUUACUUCACUUUUUCUCUUACCCAAAGCUUCUGGAGACACGAUCUAAUUGAAAUUAUUCCUGACACAGACUGGAGCUUGACUUCUACGACAAUCUCUUGCUCUUCUGCAGAUAUUCAAGGGGUAACUAACCAAUUUUAUGGGUAUGAUGGCAGCUACAACUUGCCUUGCGCUCUCGCAACCUCUAGCAGCGACACAACUGGCCCUCAAUAUACAAGUACAGGCUCAAAGAGUAUUUACAUAUAUGGGAUUGACAAAGACGUUCUAGUUACAACAUCUCUUUCAGUCAAGCUCAAGAUUUCUACUUUCGUUCUCCCUGGCUACGUAAAAUCGACAUCAAAUAAUUCGUGGAUAGUUAAGAUCUGGAGAUUCGGCACUAAUAACUUACUUGCCAAAUACUCUGGAAGUGGCCCAAUUUCCACAUAUGUAGGUGCGCUUACUUUUGGCUCAUGGGAUGCAGUUAGCGAUAUUGAUGAAAGCUCAGUGCCAACUGGAGUGUCCUUGUUUUCAACUGUCACCUUUACUAAUACCCAUGCAAUUCCAGCCAGCGGGACAGCAGUUAUUCAGUUCUCAAACGUUGAUCUUACAAAUAAUUGGUGGCAAGAUCUCGAUGGGAGUUCUUCUUCAGGAAAGAAAUGCUAUUUAUCAUCAACGAUUAAGGGCGCUAGCUGCUCUAUCUCAAGCUCAGACUCUUCAAAAGUAACUAUUUCUUUUACAAAUCAACUUGCUGCCUCUACCUCAAUUUCUAUUACUUUGUUAACAGCAUUGACUACUGGUGCUAAAAUUACUUCAAUUACCACAUAUUACACCGGGACGACUGAAAUUGAUACUGUGUCCAGCCCAUCUACGUGGCCUCUUAAUUCUCUCCUUUAUAGUUAAGCAAAAUUCUAUUCAUAGGAAAACUAAACUAUAGGCUUGAAAUUUUUUGGCAUAUAUCAUUAAUAACUAUGGUAAUUCACAUCUAGAUUCGCAUGUUAAACUAGAUUUUCCCUUUCAAACAUUGGCUUAUGUAAAUUUUUUUUAAAAAAAUAAAUAAUUUUACUCGCUAGACUAGAGGGAAGUUAGCACAUCUAAUAAAGUGUUUGGCCACUUCCAAUAUCACUCAUACCAUGAUGCUGCGACAGGUAGUAACGACUAUCCAUCACUUGCAAGCUCUCCUACUUUUACUGCUGGAUUUUUAAAUGGAGCUUACAAAUCAUACGACUUGUAUUGGGCAUUCUACCCUGGCUCAAGCAUUACAUGAGUUGCUGGGACAAGUCUUACAGUCCAUCUCUCAAUUUCUUCUUCGCUCUCUUACACUACCUCUUAUAUAGCCAAUGACGCAACAACAUACGACCUAGUAAACGCUCUUUCAUCAGCUACACCCCUUCAAGCCUCUAGCAGUACAAAAAUAACUUAUUUAAUGAGUGGGAGUUCGAUUUCUGCAAGUUUCGUCACUACCCCAACUGCGUCCAAUUAUUUCAUUUUUGCUUACCACGGAAACUCGGCCUUGCCUUAUGUUGCUUCAAACUUGGCGACAUUUUAUGAAUGCUGGGCCAAGUCAACGACUAAUGAGGUAGGAAACUCAGUUUUCUCAGUACUGAUCAGAAAUUUGGAAGAGAAUGACGUCUACACCAAACCUUUGUGCACUCCUACCUCUGGAGCGAUUCCUCUUAUAACGCUUUUUACAGCUGUGAUCAUGGAUAUAGACUUUACUUCAACUUCCAACGUUUUCACACUUGAAAUCGCAAUCACAAAUGGAGCAAACUUGGGAACUGGCUUAACAGAUAAUAGCGACCUCCCUUGCACAGGAACAGUUAGUGGAGCGAAGUGCACAAUAUCAAAGACAAACAGUGAUGCUGAUACCCUUAUCACUGUAAAAGGAUUGGGCUUAAUAAAAGCAGGGAGCGCUGUGACUUUAUAUAUUGCCAAAGGAAUUUUAUCAGAUUCAAUAGUAUUGACCCCUACUACUACAAUUUAUUAUACGCCAUCGGGCUCCGAUAAUAAAAAUUAUCUUUACACUAGCUCUCAAUCUACAUACACUACUGGCUCAGAAGUUACAUUAUCAACUGGGUCUUCUACCACGACUUGGAGCAUAUCUGCAACUCAAACCUUAGCAAUUUCUGGUGCAGGAACUUCUGCAGCUACAACCACUGGGAGCUAUAUUGGAGUAGGCAUGCCUGCAGGCUUCACCUUAUCAGGAUCUGGAAUUACAGUGGCUAGUAAGUCUCCAACAGCGAGUUAUCAAGCUACCAUGAGCGACCAAUACUCUGUUGGCAGCUUUAUAUUGGGAAUUGAUGAUGGGACUUUCAGACUUGCUUCAGCAGGGUCUGAUAUAUCAGUUGCCGGAAUCGUAGCCCCAAAGUAUGCGGGUGCAAGUAAUGGAAGUAACAAUAUUCAUUUUAAUGUGUUUGUUGUCCUUGCGGCUAACAUCGGAAGUACCUGUGAUGCCGCUGACAUUUCAAAAUUUUCCAAUACAAUCAGCACUGGAACGAUUAGCAAUGGAGAUGUAUCAUGCAGCUCUUCAGCGAGCUCAUUAAAAGGACCAGACUCUGUUGACUCAACAAUCACAAUUACUGUAGCCCUUCCUCAUGGAAUUCCGAAAGAUGGCUUUGUAACUCUUACCAUGGACACCAACUGGUCUUACUCCUAUGCAUCUUGCACAGUCACUGGGAUGUCUGGCAACUGCCAACCAGGCUCAUCCACAAAGAUUACUGCAUCAUCCGAUUUUUCAGCAGGAACCAUCACUGUUUCUUUUCUCCAUGUCAUUCCACCUUCAUCAGGCUCCUCUGCGUCCUGUGUAAGUGCUGUGACUACUCAAGACAGCAAAAAUAACUACAUUGAUUCUGGAUCAGGCUUUUCCCAGACCAUCAAUUUAUCAGCUGCUCCAGAUCCAGGGACCUCAACAAUUACUCCGACCGCAAUCCCCAAUUUUGCUGGGGCAGCCAAUGCUGAUAUUUUUCUAUCGUUUACAUUAAGCAAGACACUCCCAGCCAAUAGUGUCCUUACAAUAUCGCCCGGUGGGGUUGGUACCUGGAUUAAGUCAGGAGACAUCAAAGACUACUGCUGGUCAAGUGUGGUUUAUACAGACUGCUCUGUUACUAACUCAAAAGUCCAGUUAACAUUCUCAUAUGUAAUAACGUCUGGCUCUACAGUUCAGCUUUAUUUAGAUAGUGCUAUCACUCUCCCAAGCUCAUCAGGCACAACUUCAACUGGCUUCCAAAUAGCUGCGACAUAUGCUAGCUCCACUAUUAUUUCAGAUAGCUCCCCAGGAGCUCUUCUUACAGUAAACGCAGCACCGUCAGGAGCAAUAACUCUUACAUCUGUCAAACCUAGCAAGGUCGACAAUGCUGGAGAAGCUUCUGAUUACUUAUUCAAUUUCUCAAGCACCCAAGAGGUUGUGAGCGGAGAUUACUUCAUUAUUCAGUUCCCAAGAGAUUUUGACGCAUAUAUUGGAGAUGCAGAAAAUACUUAUCCUGACUGUGCCCCAGGAGACUGGUUUUUGUCUUGCAGCUCUACCACUCUGGGAAGCAUUACGUGCGCAGUAGACCACUGGUAUCUUAAAGUUUCUGGCAUUUCUAAGCCAGGCUCUACCGCAAAUGGCCUAGAUCUGACUGUCAAAGGCAUCAGAAACCCAAAGUCAGGAACUACAGGAAAUUUCAACAUUUGGCAAUAUGGCUCAAGUGGAACGCUUAAAGCCUACCAAAACUCAGCCAUCAGCGCGAAGACCUCAGACCCUGUUGCAAACUCAUUGACCCUCAAAGACCUUGUUAUUGACAACACUCUUCUCUCUGGUACAUCAACUUAUUCUUUUGACUUCUACUGUGCUGGCACCUUCAAUAGUGAGUAUGCCUUCGAAAUUCACUUCCCUCCUCAGUUCAACCUUAAGCUUUCUAGUUCAGCAACAACAACUGCUUGCACCACAAAAUAUUAUGAUGAAUCAGGAUCAGCAAAUACUGACUCAACAGUAGCUAAUGAUUGGAACUCAGCCACUUCUACUUGCAGCUUAGAUGUGGCAACUGGAAGAGUCACCUUGACUAUUCCUACAUCUGUGUCUAAAACCUUUUUAGCGACUGAUAGGAUUAGAAUCAAUCUGUCAGGCAUCAGCAAUGCACAGUGGGGACUCAGCAGGACUGACUCCAUGUGGGACAUGAAAGAUACAGCCGCAUUUGGGUCUUUUUCAGAGUGGACUAACAGAUUUGGAGUUUCUGCCAUCCAUACCUCUGCCACCACCAUUUCAGCGAAAAGCUACGAUAUCCUGAAUGCAGCAUAUAUUGGUCUCAACCCUUCUGCGACUGAUAUUAGUGCCAACUCUUAUGCUCCUGAAAAUGGAAAAGGAAAGAUUCAGCUUACACCAGGAACUCAAAGUCAAGACAUCCCCAUCUCGAUUUCUGCGUCAUGGCCAAUGAAAUCCAAGUCUCUUAAACUCAAGCCAGCAGCUAACUCAAACUAUCCUGACAACGGAAACCUCGAGUACACCUCAAUUCACUUUGGCUUCAUUGUUUAUCAAAUGGUAAGACAAAUCACUUUCAGAAUUUCAGCCAAAACUGGGACUCCACAAGGGAUUUACUACAUAGACUGGACAACUGAAGAAGAGAAGCAGCCAGGUGUCACUGCUAACUUGUAUAGCCCUCCUCUAAGCAUCAUGGUAGAAGUCUGUACUCCGUCAACUACUCUUGUGCCUACAGUAGCGAAUAUUCCAACUCUUUAUAAAGGAUAUAAGAGUAUCCCAAUUGCAGUGUCGCUGCCUCUAUCUCCAGCAACCGAUAUUACCAUUACUCUUGCAGCUAAUUCGGCUGGGGUUUCAUUAACCCCGACUUCUCUAGAGUUCACAAAGGAUUCUGAUGUAAAAUUCUUCGAAAUUACUGUCUAUACUAAUUAUAUUGCAACUCAGACUGCUCCAACUAUCACAUUUACUAUCUCUGGAACAGAUGCAGCAGCCUAUGGGCCGAUUAAUACUAAAACCCUUGAUAUUUCCUCUACUGACUCAAAAGCAACACAGCCCUCUCUUAUUAUUGCCCAAAGCACUGUGACUAAAAACUCAGCAACCUUAUCUAUAAGUUCUCCUCAAAACGGAGUCCUCUACUGGGGCUUCUCUUGCAAAGGAUCAGCAAUUCCUACCUUCCCUGAACUUGUCUCAGCAGUUGCUGAUUUAGUUUCUCCAGUCAAAAAUACUUAUUCUUACCAAGAACUUAAAGAUAUGGACUACAAUAAUACUGAGACCGAUGUUAAUCCAGCAAUGGGUGACACAGAUAUCAAUUCUUUCUUCAGAAGAAUGCACGCUAGGCAUUGUGCCACCUAUUAUGCUAACGCUCAAGUCAUCUACGCUGACAAUUCAGCUCAAGUAAUCCUUGAUAACCUUAUGGCUGGAACUGAGUAUGUGUUCACUGCAUAUGUGGAUAACAGACUCAUUAACAUCACUUACAACUAUACUGCGCAAACAGUCCCUGUCAUCACCUCAGCACUUCCAAGUGUAUCAACCAAAUCUGUUGUUUUUAGUGGAAGUGUGCCACAGACUAGCAGUGACAAUAUCAGAAACGUGCUGGCUAAGAAUAUGGGUGUUAACCCUUCAUGGCUCACUUUGACAUCAUAUGCUUCCACUUCUUCCAGACUCCUUCAAGCCUCGGCAACCUCCACAUUUACGUAUAACGUGCUUUAUGACAGAGCUUUAGCAGAUGGCUACUCAUCUGAUACAAUUCUUGGGAAUCUUAAUGAGGUUCAGGCAUCCUCUGAUUUCUCCAGCUUGUACAGCUAUACCACUUCCAGCUAUUAUGCAGGAUCUACCACUAGAGGAACAGCACCAUCAUGGGUUAAAACUCCAAUUGUAAUAGAAAUCGGAGAGAAUGCUGCUUAAACUUAAUUUAGAUUAUCGAAAAGCUCCGGUAGGUGCUGCUUAACCUCCGUAAUGCUUCACCGCUUGUUUGCAAAUUUCAGCCUGCCUCUCAAUGUGCUUCUUCUCACGGACAAGGGCUUGCACUAUAUACCCGUGAGUUAGAGGCACUGGGUAACCAUGCCUUACUUCAAUGGGGACAGGCUUCCAGAAAAUCGAAAAAGGAUUUUCUAAUCGCCUAUCGGCCAAGAUGGAAAUUCGAAGCCCAGGACAGAAUGCACAUCAACGAACGCCACAAAGUCCUUGAGUCACUCCAGCUACAGAUGCUAAGAGGGUAGUGAUUCGCCACAUCAUUUUAAAUAUAUGGAGAGACUGCUGCAACUUUUAUGGCGACCUCAGACAAAGCAGGAACAGUUUAUGUAUCGUGCACUGAUGAAGAGUCAGACUUGAACACUUAUGCAUGGCAAGUAAUUGAUGGUCUUAAUGCAAACUCUAACCCUGCACAUGCGGAUUAUGGAAAUUGGACAAAAAACCAGAACACAACUUUGACUGUUUCAGGAUUAACACAAGGAUCGAUUUAUAUGUGCUAUUUCACUGCUUGUGACAACUACCCAGCUUGGCCUUCUUGCAUCGAUUAUUCAGAUGACAGCUCAUUGGUGAAAAUAGGAAUUAAAACUAAAGCUAGCGAUAGUGAUGCAGCAAUUUUGGGUUUUGUUGCAGCUUUCUUCUUACUCAUUUUAUAAUGAAUUUAUAAUAAAGCAAAUUUAAAAACAUUCUUUCGCUAAUAAUUCAUUUUGCCUCAACUAGAAUUCCAAAGAGUUAAUCCUUAACUAA